AUGCCUGUCGUUCCGAAGAUGACAACCAAGAAGGCAAUCUUGGCAAUCAUUGCCUUCUUUGCCUCUGGAAGUUUGGCAUCAGGUGUUUCCGUCUGCAACAACUUGCCCUACCAGCUCCAAGUCUACAACGUCCCCGGAUCCCAACCUGCAUGCGCAGGCAUCCAAACAUCUCACCACCCCAUCGACUCCUGUACCUGCCACGAGCUCCCAUGGACCCCCCUCGGCUGCGGCGUCUCCAUCAAAGCCUCUAAGGACUUCGAUCUCACUCGCGGCAUCGUUCAAUUCGAGUACACUAGAACUGAAUUUGGCGCCGCGGGCUCAGAGAUGAGCUUCGAUAUCAGUGAUGUCGACGGUGGCGCUUCCGGCGUUGCGGGUAGUGCCUUCCUCGACGCCCAUAUUGUCGCCAGAGCGGAUGGUGAAGGUGCGGAGACUUGCAACCCUCCUCGUUUGGAGUGUGAAUUUGGUAAAGUCUGUGCCGAUGCUUACCGUUAUCCCACCGAUGACGUUAAGAUGAGAACUUGCGCCAAGAGAGCUGAUCGUUGGGUCAUUGAGAUCAAUAAUCCCAAUGGUGGCUGCAAAGCUAAUCCACCUCUGCUGGAGCAGCAAAGACCAGCAGAAACGGUGUACGAAAUUGAUGUGCCAGAUCCGGACCAUGUAUGGACCGAGAUAGUCGACGUAGCAGUGGAGGUAGAAUAA